UCCCUCGUUCGCUCCCUCCCUCCCUCCCGCUGCAGCUCCGGCUCGACUCGGCCCCGACUUCCUGCCGGCGCUGGGAAGCCGCGGGCGGGCUGGGGUCCCCGGGGGCCGCGCUCGCAGCUGGCCACGUCCGGGACGGCCCGGGGGCUGGCAGUGGGCGGGAGCGGCCGGCAGCCUCGGCCCCUUCCGAGAGCGACUUUCAAACUCGCGCCCGCGUCGCGGCGGCACCUGGGCAGCCCCACGCGCUUGUCCGGAGCCCGCGGCGGCGACCGCUUGAAUCUCCCUGGGGUGCCCACCCCAGGCAGCAAUGCCAGGAUGCCCGUGUCUGCCUCCCUCCGCCAAGAAGGCAGCCAGGAGCGGCCAGUGAGCCUGACGUCCACCAGCUCCUCAUCAGGCUCUUCCCGUGACAGCCACAGUGCCAUGGAGGAGGCCAACGGCUCCGAGGCUCCUGCCGAGAAUGGGGCAGGCUCCCCGAGAGGCCGGCAUCCCCCCAACAGCAACAACAACUCCAGCAGCUGGCUGACCAUGAAGGGACCCCUGUCCCCGUUCAGCAGCCGGGUGGCGGCAGGGUCUGUGCACCACAAGCUCAGCUACCUGGGCCGUGUGGUGCGGGAGAUUGUGGAGACGGAGCGCAUGUACGUGCAGGACCUGCGCAGCAUCGUGGAGGACUACCUCUUAAAGAUCAUUGACACACCUGGGCUGCUGAAGCCAGAACAAGUCAGCGCCCUCUUUGGGAACAUAGAAAACAUCUAUGCACUGAACAGCCAGCUACUCAGAGACCUGGACAGCUGUAAUAGUGACCCCGUGGCUGUGGCCAGCUGCUUUGUGGAAAGGAGCCAAGAGUUUGAUAUCUACACCCAGUAUUGCAACAACUACCCCAACUCAGUGGCCGCCCUGACGGAGUGUAUGCGGGACAAGCAGCAGGCCAAGUUCUUUCGGGACCGGCAAGAAGUGCUGCAGCACUCGCUGCCCUUGGGCUCCUACCUGCUGAAGCCAGUCCAGCGCAUCCUCAAGUACCACCUGCUGCUCCAGGAAAUUGCCAAACAUUUUGAUGAAGAAGAGGAUGGCUUCGAGGUGGUGGAGGAUGCCAUUGACACCAUGACCUGUGUGGCCUGGUACAUCAAUGACAUGAAGAGGAGGCAUGAGCACGCAGUCCGGCUGCAGGAGAUUCAGUCGCUGCUCAUCAACUGGAAGGGGCCAGACCUGACCAUCUAUGGGGAGCUCGUCCUGGAGGCCACAUUCCGCGUGCACCGCGUACGCAAUGAGAGGACCUUCUUCCUCUUUGACAAAACAUUGCUCAUCACCAAGAAGCGGGGUGAUCACUUCGUGUACAAGGGUCACAUCCCGUGCUCCUCCCUGAUGCUGAUCGAGAGCACCAGAGACUCCCUGUGCUUCACCGUCACCCACUACAAGCACAGCAAGCAGCAGUACAGCAUCCAGGCCAAGACGGUGGAGGAGAAGCGGAGCUGGACUCACCACAUCAAGAGGCUCAUCCUGGAAAACCACCAUGCCACUAUUCCCCAGAAGGCCAAGGAAGCCAUCUUGGAAAUGGAUUCCUAUUAUCCCAAUCGGUACCGCUACAGCCCAGAGCGGCUGAAGAAGGCGUGGUCCUCCCAGGACGAGGUGUCCACCCACGUGCGCCAGGGGCGCCGGCAAUCUGAGCCUGGUCACUCCCCGUACAGCUGGGCAACGCUCCCCAGCAAGCAGCGAGGCUUCCUGAUGCCAGGCCUUAAGGGCCGUAGGAAGUCGGAGCCGACCAAACAUCUGCUCAGGCAAGCGAACGAGAAAGCAGCCAGCGAAGCAGGAAUGAAGCAUGCAGGCAGCGCUGGCACCCUCCUGGACUUUGGGCAGCCCCCCCGUGUGCGGGGCCUGCAGCUGGCGGCUGAGGGGGCUGCUCAGGAGGGGCAGGAGGAAGAGGAGGAGGUGGUCGAGGAGGAGGAGGAGGAGGAAGACCAGGCCUUUCAGGUUUCUGUGGAGGACCUGGCAGGGCAUGAAGGCAGCGAGAAGGGGACUGGGCCAGAGCCCCCAGGCUCGGAGGAGGAGGAGGAGGAGAGCCUGGCAGUGGCGGAGCAGGUAGCCGACUUUGCCAGCUCCCUGCUGGCCGCCCUCCACUGCUGGCACUAUCGGGCCAACGCUUUACUUUUCUCCCGGGGCGCUAUGGGGAAGGGGCGCAGGGAGUCUGAAAGCCCCAAGAGCUGCAGAAGGCCCAGUGGCCGGUCCCCAACCAGUGCUGAGAAGCGCAUGAGCUUCGAGUCCAUCUCUUCCCUGCCAGAGGUUGAGCCAGACACCGAGCCUGGGACCGAGCAGGAGGUGUUUGCUACCGUGGAAGGUGCCAGCGCCGAGGAGAUGCCUUCAGACACAGAAUCUCCAGAAGUGCUGGAGACACAGGUUGACGUCCACCAGGGGCUGCUGGGGAUGGACCACCCGGGUGACAUGGUGGACUUCAUGGUGGCUGAGAGCACUGAGGACCUUAAGGCCCUGAGCAGUGAGGAGGAGGAAGAAAUGGGGGCCGCCCAGGAGCCCGAGAGCCUCCUGCCACCCUCUGUGUUAGACCAGGCCAGUGUCAUUGCUGAGAGAUUUGUCAGCAGCUUUUCCCGGCGGAGCAGCCUGGCGCUGGAGGACGGCAAGUCCAGUGGGUUUGGGACCCCACGGCUGGUCAGCCGCAGCAGCAGUGUGCUCAGCCUGGAGGGCAGUGAGAAGGGCCUGGCCCGGCGUGGCAGCGCCUCUGACUCCCUCAGCUGUCAGCUCCCCUCGGAAGUGGAUGUCAGUGUCGGGGUGGCUACAGAGGACAGCUCUUCUGUCAAUGGGACAGAGCCCCCAAACCCAGGCUGCGCUCUGGAGCCUGACAGGUCUUCCUAUAAGAAGAAGGAAUCCAUGCUCUCCACCCGAGAUCGGCUGUUGCUGGACAAAAUUAAGAGCUAUUAUGAAAAUGCAGAACACCACGAUGCGGGCUUUAGUGUCCGGCGCCGGGAGAGCCUCUCCUACAUCCCCAAAGGACUGGUGAGAAACUCGGUCUCCAGGUUCAAUAGCCUUCCCAGGCCAGACCCGGAGCCGGUGGCCCCAGUGGGGCACAAGAGACAAGUGGGCUCCCGGCCAGCUUCGUGGGCUCUGUUUGAUCUCCCAGGACCAAGCCAGGCAGGCGCGGCGGAUCCGCCUCCUAUCACAGAUGCUGAGUUUCGCCCAUCUUCCGAAAUUGUGAAGAUCUGGGAGGGGAUGGAGUCUUCCGGGGGGAGCCCUCGGAAGGGGCCGGGCCAUGGCCAGGCCAAUGGCUUUGACCUGCAUGAGCCUCUCCUCAUCCUGGAGGAGCACGAGCUGGGAGCCAUCACCGAGGAGUCGGCCACUGCCUCUCCGGAAAGCGCCUCGCCCACCGGGCGUCCCAGCCCAGCCCACCUGGCCCGGGAGCUGAAAGAGCUGGUGAAGGAGCUGAGCAACGGCACCCAGGGGGAGCUGGUGGCGCCCCUGCACCCCCGCAUCGUGCAGCUCUCCCACGUGAUGGACAGCCACGUGAGCGAGCGUGUCAAGAACAAGGUCUACCAGCUGGCCCGCCAGUACAGCCUCCGCAUCAAGAGCAACAAGUCGGCCAGGCCACCACUGCCAUGGGAAAAGGCAGCUCCCGAGAGGGAUGGGAAGAGAGCCACUGUUCCCUGCCUACAGGAGGAGGCUUGGGAGUCAUCGAGUGGCAAAGGUAAGAGAAAGCCAGUGCUGUCCCUCCUUGACUAUGACCCUCUGGUGGUCCAGGAGCAUAGCCCCCCCAAGUCCUCCUCUGCUGGGCAGACGGCACCACGGCGUUUCUCCUUCAGCCCUUCAGCUGCCAGCCCAAGGACCACCUCGCCUGGGGCCCGGCCCUCCCGAAGCCCCCGAAGCCCCUUCGACACUGAGACCUUCAAUUGGCCCGAUGUCCGAGAGCUCUGCUCCAAGUAUGCCUCCCACGAUGAGGCUCUCCGGGCCGAGGGCAGCCAGCCCCGUGGUGGCCCACCCGUCAACCGGAGCCGCUCAUUGCCCGAGAACAUGGUGGAGCCGCCUCGGUCUGGCAGGGUGGACCGCUCCUGCAGCCUGAACACCAAGAGGGGCAAGGGAGGCGGAGAGGCUGCCCAGCCCCAGGUCCCCCGGUCUCCACCCCAAAUCGGGACGGAUGGAAGUGAGGCCUUGUUUGUCACUGCAGACCUCACCCUGGAUGACAACCGGCGGGUGAUUAUCAUGGAGAAGGGGCCCCUUCCUGGCCCCACUGCAGGGCUGGAGGAGGAGGGUAGGGGGCAGGGACCAAGCUCGCCAGUGGCCCUGGUGGGGCAGGGCCAGGAUUUCCAGGAGUCUGUAGAGUGCCGGCCGAAGGAAGAGGGCUCCAGAGACCCAACAGACCCAAGCCAGCAGGGCAGAGUGAGAAACCUGAGAGAGAAAUUCCAGGCCUUGAACUCUGUGGGUUGACUCUGACUCCUGGGGGAAGGAGUUGUGUUGGAGGUUGGGAAGAGCCUUGGGUCACAGGAGCCCUUCCCAGGGCUGGCGGAAGGCUGUCCCCUCUGCUGUCCUGGAAGAACGCUCCCAUGCACAGUGGACUCAUUGCUGCCUGUGCUGUGUGCUGGUGCUUGUGACAGCUUUCCACAGGCCCAGAUGAGCCACUCUUCCCUCUGAGGCCGAUGCGCCACUUUCCUUGUAAAUAGUCCUUCUCUGGUAAGAAGCCAAAUAUUUAAGCUCACCUCUUCCCAGGAAGAGCAAGCUCUGCUCAGGCCACUGCCAGCCCGAGGAGCCCACCCCAGGGAGACUUGGGAAGGGGCCUGGGGGCCUUUGCUCUUUAACUGUGCCUUUCCUUAGGAUCCAGGCAGGAAUGAAGCCAAUAAUUUAUUGCUUUCCAUUCUGUGGUGUGUGUGUGUGCACAUGUGAGUGUGUGUCCUGCUGUUGUUUAUGCCCCUCCUGUGAGGAAUGUAACAGAUUCAGUUCAGGUACUCUGAGAGUUAUCUCACUGACCCUGUGGUUGUCACCGAUGUACACACAUUUCAUUAUUUGCCAAUGGUGCAA